UUUAUCUUCUGUAUUUGUGUGGCAUUCCCUUUACGCUAUGUUUGGAUAAUAGGAAUUUGGAAAGGGAAAGGGAAAUGAAAAAAAAAUUAAGCUUAUAUUUCAUUCACAUUUGUCUCACAUUUUCCUUCUCCUUUUCCAAAUCCCUGUUGAAUAUAGAAAUUAGAGUACAUAGAAUUUUUUUAUUUUUAGUAUUAUGUAUAUAAUCUGUGAUUGUGUCAAUCACUAAUUUAGUAUUGUUUUCUUAUUUAUAUCGUUUCCUAAAUUGUAUCAUGAAUCUAUUAUAAAUGCAUGGUCUUUGCAUCAUUCAUGGGAAAGCCAAAUAAUUCUUUUCAAUCUUUUUAGUAUCAAAGCUAGGUUAAGUACCUAGUAAUUUUGCUUCACCGGUGGGUGUCAGCCUUGCCUGGGCCGUCUACCGAACCUCAACCCAUUCCACUAUCAUAUUUUCUUUCAGUAUCACUUCGUGUUGAUUUCUUCCUCUAUCCACUAGUUUAUUCAUAUCCCAAAUACCUCUAUCAUAUUUUUUUUUACUCGCAAUCCAUUUUUUUUGUGUUUCUAUUCCACUUUGUCUUUCCCUCUAUUUCAACCUCAAACAGGUUUUUAUCUUCAAACCUAAUUGAGUUUGAAGGGCGUAUUAUACCUAUAUCAUGGUGAGCAUAGUGAUAUACCAUGUGAACUACCUAAGUAGCCCCCUCUGGCGCACAACCCAAGUCGCCCCCUUAGCGCAUCACCUAAGCCACCCCCUCUAACGCACCACCAAAGCCGUCCCCUGGCGCACUUUCUAAUAAGCCGUCCCUUGGCGCACUCAAUCAUCUGUUGCCAUCAUCGUUCAGCACCACGUCAUAAGUUAUAUAUGUGUCAUGCUUGCUGGUACAACAUCUAGUUCUCUACGUCGGUCCGACAUGACCCCUUUAAACUGUCUCGACAUUAAUUCCAGUUAAUCUCUACAAUGGUCCGACAUGACCCCUUGAAUUGUCCCGACAUUGAUCCCGGUUAAUUCCUACAACAAUCCGGCAUGAUCCCGUAAACUAUCCCAACAUUAGUUCUGACCAGUUUUUACAACAAUCCGACAUGACCAUAAACUAUCUCCCAGUAUUAGCUCCGGCCUCUGAUGCCAACUAGGGUCUUGUUAGCUGCCAACCAGGGUGUUUCCUGGCCAUAGAUGUUUCAACAACUCUUCUAGGGCAGUUCAGUUCCUGUUUUUUCCCCUUUCUAGGGUGUGGUGCUAAUGUAUUAAGCAUUUUUUUGGCAGUGGACUAUCAGAUUUGUUCGAUAACAUUUAUUUGGACUAACCAUUGAGUUUUUUCCAACUUCUUCCAGUCAUACAUUGGCAAGCUGCUAUUGUUGAAUAUUUUCACACUAGCUUGAGGAGGAUUGUUGAAUAUAGAAAUUAGAGUACAUAUAAUCUUUUUAAUUUUAGUAUUAUGUGUAUAAUUUGUGAUUGUGUCAAUCAUUGAUUUAGUAUUGUUUCCUUAUUUAUAUCGUUUCCUAAAUUGUAUCAUAUCAUGAAUCUAUUAUAAAUGCAUGGCCUCUACCUCAUUCAUGGGAAAAUAAUUCUUUUCAUUCUUUUAUCCCCACCUAAAUUCAUAAUCCAAACACAGCAAUGCCUCUUUUAAUGAAAUCUUAUCACUUACUAAAAAAAUAACAGCUCAAACAAGAGAAACUGCAGGAAUUGUGCCUGAUCCAUUAUCAUGGCUUGAAGAUACACAAUCAAUGGACUAAAUACAAUCUAAUUUUCCUUCAAUAUCUCAAUUUAAUUCUUUGAUGUGAGGAUUUUUCCAAAAUAAGUGUAAGAUAACAGAAAGCGCAACAUGAUAUAGAUGUAUACGCAAAAACAUAUAUACCCCUAUUACAUUGCAUACGAGUUCAUAAUUUUUAUAUUUCUGACACAUACUUAGACAAACAGUUAACUCCAUAGUUUCUUUGAUGCAUGGAUUAUGAUACCCUUAGGGAAAAAAAAAAAUUCCAAUGAGAUAAUAGUUGAUGCGGUAGAAGUUACAUUUCUAUUUUGAUGUUAUUUGUGUCGAUAUAUGCUUUGUCUCUGGAUUACUCAUUUCUAUCAUUUUUAUACAAUUGUAAAUUUUCAUAUUGGUAAACAAGGGUCAACACACAUAUGCUUUUGUUCAAUCACUUAAUAGAGCUUUUAAAUUUAUCAUACUUAACUUGAAAUCUAUUUCAGUUUAUUGUUUUCUUGAUGGAUGAGUUCAAGUUAAUAUAAAAUUACAUACCAGAUAGGUAUAGAACAAAAGUCCCAGAAACAACAAAAUUGAUCAAGGAUGAGCAUUGGGUUGUUUCUAAUGCAGAACAUAGGUAGCAAGUUUCUCAUGUGCCAAUGUUCUCAUGUAAAUUCAUAUAGCAUUUAUUUUCUCUAAAGGGACUUCAGUUGUUGAUGUAUUUUACAUAUAUUAUAAUAUUUAUGCAAAUUGUUGUACACCCUAGUCGCAAUGAUAACAAUUUAUCAUGGCAGUCUGUGAAUGUGAAUCAAUAGUUUAUUUUUUACAUUUUGAAUGAUCAACAAAUUAACAUAUUGGAACACAGACACACCACUAUGGAGAAAUGGACCACCUAACAAACCAGUUUUGUGCAAUGCAUGUGGAUCAAGAUGGAGGAUAUGGGGGACUCUAGAUAACUAUAUCCCGAAGCAUGCUAAUAAAGGUACUCAAAUCUGUCAACAAGGUAAAUUACCUCUCCCCAUUGAAGUCCAUGAUCGCAGAAAGCCAAUAUAUGGAGCAAAGAUUGCAAUACAUUCAACUGGCUUAGAGGAUGAUACAAACAAUGGAGCUGGGUCAGGAUCUGGGUCAGGAUCAGCAAGAUCAUCCUCUGAUAACUGCAUUCAAUUGGAAGGUAAAAAUGGGAAAGAAGCUUCAGGGUUAGUCCAACCAAGUUUUUGGAACUCUCACAUCCCAAGAAGAAAGAGGUCAGUGCUUAAUCAACGUGUUCUAUCACCUGUUGAAAGGCUUCAUAAGCAACUUUACCAUACUCUCCAAGAACCAGAAUUCUUCAAUCUAGCUUCAGAACAAGAAGACGUGCUCAUUUUUCAGAACAGCCAAAACUCUUCUGCUGAAAUUGGUCUUGGAUGUGUACUGCUUAAAUCAACUGCUGCUUCCAAAGAAGAGGAUAAAGAGUCACACUCUUUUAUGAUGCAACCAUAAGAUCCUCAUUUUUACAUUAUCAGAAUAGUUGUCUUCAUAUAUAUGUGUGUGUGUGUGUGUCUGUGUGUCUGUGUUUGUAUUAUGAUAUAUACGACAGGUAAAAUAACAUGGUCAGACUCUUGGCUAUGGUGUAGGAUAAAAUCUUUCAGAGUUUGUGCUUUCCAUAUGAACUUUGAGGAUGUUUUACAAUUGAGCCAAGUGCACAAUUGUCAUGUUUCAAUGGUAUUCAUUUAUCUUUUAUAGCCUUAUUCUAUUUAUCAUGAGAAAUUGGCCUAUUGCUUCAGGGGAAAAGCUCAUUUAUUUGACUAUGUUGUCUUGAAAAAUAAUAUUAUCUACACAUUCUAAAUCGAAUAUGAUUAGUUUUCUCCCAUGUCUUCACUGCCUCAAUUCCAUUAAACCCAAUUAAUUAUGUUUCUUUGUGUUCAUAUCUAGCACUGUGAUUCAAAUGCUGAUACUCAUCUCUUUGCCCGUGAUAUUAGACAGCUUAAAUAAUUAACACAAAGGUAUGCACCACGUUAGAGUAAGGAAAUUGCGUAGGUUAUAGUGAGUAAGGCAAAUAAAUACUAGCAAUUGUAUUACUCUGGACCUUCUACUCUUAGGAAUAAUGAUAAUAAUAAUAAAAGAGUAUAUAGUAGGGAUAAGAAGAGCAAUAGAGGGAAGCAUCAUGUUUAUAUAAAAGCAUCACAGAAACAUGGGCCAAGCUUAGGCCAGUAUGUAUGCACCAGCUGAGUUUGGAAAGGAUUUGAACAUGCACUAGAUCUCCCAGCCUAAUCUUGCGUGUACUAGAUUUCCCAGCCUGAUCUUGGCCAUGGGAGUACCAAGCAUGUUAAACUCCUAUAUGUUAUAAUUAGCACAUGUUAAGUCACCAAUUGUCUCAAAAACUUAAGUUGUUAGGAAAUGAGCCUAACAAUGUAUAUCAAACUAUCUAACACUCUCA